CGACAGCACGGAACAGUUAUAAGUGAGCGCAAACUGUCCCGACUCUCACUGCUCUGACAGAACAGGCUACUGCAGACAGGAGACACAGCUGAUACGCCCCAAUCGUCCACAACAUGUCCUCUUCCAACACGAGACUGGGAACGGUCCUCCUCUCUCUCACGCUGAUCUCUUGGAUCGCUGGGGCUGAGUGCUUUGUCAUCAAGAAGUGCAACCUUCAAGGACAGUGGAAGAAUGAGCUGGGCUCCAACAUGACUCUCGGUGCUCCAGAUAGAAAUGGCUUUUUCACUGGCACCUACCUCACUGCGGUGACUGCCAACAAAACCCUGGUCAUCAAGCAGUCACCACUCACGGGAAACCUGAACAUGUUCACUGCCAAUGCUCAACAAAGAGUGUUUGGGUUCCUGGUCAACUGGACUUUUUCAGACUCUGUGACCUCCUUCGUCGGGCAGUGCUUCGUGCAGAAGGAUGGCACUGAACGCCUUCAGACGACAUGGCUGCUCAGGGGCUUAGCGGCCACAGAGGAGGACAACUGGUCCCAGACCAGGGUCGGCACAAAUGUGUUUACUCGUCUGUGGUGAGAGAUCUCAGAAGAAAACAACAGGCGUGGGGCUUCAGUCUGCAGUUUCUCCAAUAGAGUGUCAGUUUGCAGUCUGCAGGGUUGUAUCCUAUAGAAUGAGUCAUGACUCCACAAUAAAGCAUCCUCUCGUUA